CCCCCUCCCCCCUCACCGGCCCGCGGUCCUGCUCCGCGGCCCCGGCCCCGGCCGGGGAGGAGGCGCCCGGGGAGUUCCCUUUCGGGGCAUUGUGGGAAGGCGCGGUGCGGCCGAGGCCUCACCUGCCGCGGGGCGGGGAGCGGAGGCAGGCAGGGCGGGAGGGAGGCGGCCGGCAGCCAGCCGGGCCGGGCCGGGCCGGCUCCCAGCCUGCCGCCACGCCAUGAUACACUUCAUACUGCUCUUCAGUCGGCAGGGGAAAUUAAGGCUUCAGAAAUGGUACACGACGCUACCUGAUAAAGAGAAGAAAAAGAUCAUUCGAGAAAUUGUUCAGAUUAUUUUGUCUCGCAAUCAAAAAACAAGUAGUUUUGUUGACUGGAAAGACCUCAAGCUUGUUUACAAAAGGUAUGCUAGUUUGUAUUUCUGUUGUGCAAUAGAAGACCAGGAUAACGAGCUCCUGACACUAGAGGUCGUUCAUCGAUACGUAGAGCUUCUGGACAGAUACUUUGGAAACGUGUGUGAGCUGGAUAUCAUCUUUAAUUUUGAAAAAGCUUAUUUUAUUCUUGAUGAGUUUAUAAUUGGUGGAGAAGUACAAGAAACUUCAAAGAGGUCUGCAGUGAAAGCCAUGGAAGACUCUGACAUGUUGCAGGAGACAGUAGAAGAGUACAUGAACAAGCCUGCAUUUUAACAUUAAAACUACCUGGAGAGGACCUGCUCUAUGCACCUGUAAAAUGCACUUCCUGAAAUUGCUUCCCAAUGUGCCAGAUCCUCAGAGAAAUACCAAAAACCAAUGACUAAAGGGGUUUGUUUGUAUAAUGGUGAAGAUGAAGGUCAGCUAAUGUAGCACAGGGUUUAACAAUUCUGUAUUUGCAUUACUCUGCAAAUGAGUUUCUCAGAAUUGUUAUUACCCUUGAUCUAGUUUCUCUUUUCAUUGCUGGACUAAACACUUGUUUUGUAUCAUGUCUUUUAGCUAUGGGUUUUGCCAUCAUUAAAUGUUACUCUGACAGUACUUUGAAGAGGUAUUUUUACUAGUUUUGGUCCACUGCUGACCGUAUGACUCUACUUUUGUACAAAUGUCCAUUAUUUUGAAUGUAAUGAUUAUUCUGCUCUAAUAAUAAUUUUUUUUCUAAAAGCCAAAUUGUUGUGGGCCCUGUUUUCACAAGCUUCUUCUGAAAAGAUUAAUCCGUCUAGUUUAAGAAGUAUGUGUCCCUUUCUUUCACUAUUUUCUGUCUAUUUUCGGCUCUAGUCUGCUAAUAAGACUGCUCCAACUGCUAUUAGAGCACGCUCCACACCUCCCUUUAAUCUGGAAGACUGUGCUGACUCGAGGUAGGCUUCUCCCAGGUUUAAUGAAUCCUUGUCGCUGCUGCAUGCGGAUGGCCUGUUUCUGCCUUUCUCCUCAUUUUCCUAUCCCCUUCCUAGAUCCCCUGGACCUGGACAAAGGCUCCAGCCCUUGGAAGUGUGCAGCUUGACAGCAAGAGAUAUCUUGAAGAGAAGAAAUUAGUCUUUGGGAUUUUAGGGUGAAGGUCAUCUCAUCCAUCUUUUGACUCUUUAUACACCGAUAACCAUCUUUCCCAGCAGAGUUUUCCUGUCUGCAAUUCACACACCUAUGGGGAUGAUCAGCUUUCUAGUAGUUGAGCAUGACCCAUUUUUGUGAAGGCUGGACAAUUUAAUCAACCUUUUAUAACUUUGCAACCUGCACAAAGGGAAAAGGGGUAAGGUAGUAGAGACGAGAAGAAUCAGCUGGGCUAGGCAUCUUGCUGUGUGUUAUAAAACGCUGUAGCUGUGUGUUAACUCGCCUGUCUUUCUGCAAUUUGGACUCUAUGAACUGUUUGAACUGGCUUCCUUAGAGAGAUUAUUUCCUCCCUUAACAGAAUUCAAAGCUUAGAGAAAUUCUGUUCAUCUUAGCCCAUAACUCGUAGCUACAUGUUUUGUCUCUGUCAAAUCAUGAAAUCAUCCCAUACAAAAACUUACUUACUGCAGGGGGUUGGACUAGAUGACCUUUAAAGCUCCCUUCCAACCCAACACAUUCUGUGACUCUAUGACAAAAAUUAGGUAAGUUAUCAGACAAAUAUGCCAGAACGAUCCAAGCAUUGAUUCACAUUUCCCUUAUUUUCUUUUAUUUCUGGGAUGUACAGUCAGUAUUUUCCUUCAGGGAUUUUUCUAAUCUUUAAAUGUCCUGCAUACUUAUUGUAUUA